AUGUCGCAAUUCCACAGAGAGCCAGAAUUUGACACGCUCCAGCUUCACGCUGGACAGACCCCUGAUAAAGCGACCAACGCUCGGGCUGUCCCGAUCUAUGCGACGACUAGCUUCACAUUCAACGACACCGAUCACGCUGCUGAUUUGUUUGCGUUGCGUGCAGAAGGAAAUGUCUACAGUCGAAUUGGAAAUCCUACCGUUGACGUUUUCGAAAAACGUAUUGCUGCCCUUGAAGGUGGAAAAGCCGCAGUCGGAACCUCUUCUGGCCACGCUGCUCAGUUCUUGACAAUUGCCGCUAUCGCAAGGCCAGGGCAUAAUAUCGUCGCUUCUUCGUAUCUAUAUGGGGGAAGUUUCAAUCAAUUCAAAGGUAUUCUCCUUGUGCUUGCCUUCGUGAAAAUUCACCAACUUGAUCAAGUUACAUUCCCUACUUUCGGAAUCACGACCAAAUGGGUGUCUUCUGUUGACCCUGCUGAUUUUGAGGCCGCCAUCGAUGAGAACACGCGGGGAAUCUUUGUCGAGAGUAUCGCCAACCCCAAGUACUCGCUCAACAACAUCCCCAAACUAGCUGAGAUCGCCCAUAAACAUGGCAUCCCACUCGUUGUUGACAACACCUUUGGCAUGGCUGGUUACUUAAUCAAGCCCAUCUCACAUGGCGCCGAUAUCGUCGUGCAUAGCGCGACCAAGUGGAUUGGCGGCCAUGGAAACAGCAUCGGUGGUGUUAUCGUCGACGGUGGCAAUUUCGACUGGGCAGCAUCAGGCAAAUUUCCUCAUUUCACAGAGCCCGCUGAGGGGUAUCACGGACUUAAAUUCACGGAAACUUUUGGCACCCUGGCGUUCGCCGUCAAGGUUCGAGUCGAGCUUUUGCGUGAUGUGGGCGCUUGUUUAAAUCCCUUCCCCGCAUUCCUCUUCCUUCAAGGUCUUGAAACGCUGAGUCUUCGUGGCCAGCGUCAUUCUGACAACGCGCUUGCCCUUGCUCAACACCUCGAGAAGCAUCCCAACGUCUCAUGGGUCUCCUAUCUUGGGCUUCCCUCUCAUGCCUCCCACAAUCUCACGACGACACUGCUCCGUAAGAAUGUGUACGGAGGCAUGCUAAAUUUUGGCGUCAAGGGUACAGAAGCGCAGGCGAAGAGUGUGAUUAACAACCUCAAGCUUGCGAGCCACUUAGUCAAUGUCGGCGAUGCCAAGACGCUGGUCGUCCAUCCGGCGUCCACCACGCACUCGCAACUGACGGAGGAAGAGCAAGACAAAGCCGGCGUCAGCAAGGACUUGAUUCGGGUCUCGGUUGGUAUCGAAGACAUCGAGGAUAUCAAGGCAGACUUCGACGCUGCACUGCAGAUUGUAUUUGGUUGA